GCAACGGAAUUCUUGGAUGCGGUCAUCCUCGUUUGACAUCAAAUUUCACUGUGACUUGAAUACCGGACAUUAAAUCUUUCGGAUAAUGGAUCUUUCGCAUUCAUUUUUCUCAAUCCAAGUCAGGGGAACCUCGAUCGAGAACAUCGACAUGCAGCUGUGUAUCACAUAUCACUGCAGCAUGCGACAGCGUAUCAUCCAUUGCAAUAUCAGAAUGCACAACAGAUCUCUUCAUUGAUUGAUUGGAUCCUUGCUGCUCUGUCCCUUGCUCGAUUUUACCCGAUUGCUGUCUCGUUGAUCAUUGAUCGUAUUGUACCUAUCCAGAAGAUGAAAUUCUGGAGCUUGUUCACAAACGUUCUUGUCUUGAGUUUGGCAAGGGCGGAUGACGACACUGACACUGUGGUUCGCUGGAGUUCCACGGGAGGAGGAUGGAGGGCCAUGUUUGCCUGUGUGGGCUUUGCCAAUGUCUUUCAGCAAGCAGGAUUGAUGAGUGAAGAUUCCUCACUCUUCUCGGCCAUUGCCACCAACAGUGGAGCCUCUUGGUUUUUGGUGCAGCUCUUCUACUCCCAAGCCUUUUAUGAUCAGACUGUCAUGGCAGAAUCUCCAGAAGACCUCUACAAUUUUACCAUGCAGUGGAUGGGAACCUACGAAGCAUUUGCCCUUGAAGUGGUUCCCAAUGGCACAGAUAUCAAUGAGGCACUGGGAAUUGAUUUGGCUGCGCUGCACACUGGCACCGAACGCGAACAAUUCGAAUACAAUGUCGUUACCCAGCUCAGCGAAUUCUGGGGUCUCUACUAUAACAGCAAUGCCAGUUGGGCCCAUUUUGUGGAUACCAUGCUGUCACGGGCCACCGAUGAGUUGGGACACAAGGGCGUCUUUGCCGAUAUCCAGGCCAAUCCCGAAAAUCGGAUUCCAGCCUUACAAUCGACCGAUAUGCUCAUUCAAUCCACUCUGGCACCGGGAUCCAAAAUUCGAUUGGGGCCCCAUCGUGGUACCGGCACGACGACGACCGAAGAAGAGUUAUCGGAAGAAUUUGAAUUUGAAUUUGAAGACGAAUACUACGACCCAGCCGAGAAAUGGAACUAUUUAAAGCCACUCUUUGGGGAUAUUGACAAUCAAGAUCUCAUGGUCUACCUGGGACCGCUAGUACAAGAAGGUGAAGAGAACGCCACCAAUUGGGCACUCUACAGUGUCGGUAUCUCGACGGCGUAUAUUGUCAAUGAUACUUUUGCUGGAUUUCAAUACAGUACAUUUGAUUCUCCAUCUUCCACUGAAUUGGCCACCUAUGUUUCUCCGACCAGUCGAUUCUGGAAGUGGAACGACUGGGAAAGCUACUACUUGUGGCCCAACGAAGGCUUUUGGACGCUGCCCACUCCAAAUGCCACUGCUCGAAUUGACCAAGAUUUGGUGGAACAGUACAAGUCUCAAGCCGUCAACAUGACAUCCACGGGGACACUGGCACCACCCUUUGGUGGAGGAGCGGCCUCGGUCAUUCAAGCUGCCUCCAUUAGUUCGGCCGCGGCGGGACCCCUCUCUCCCGCGGCUCCCACCUUGUUUGCCCAAGCGCUCAGUUUGCAACGCCAGAAGGUACGAGACGGGCUCGAAACAGACACCGAUUUGGCCGCUGUGGCUGGGCUGACGGCCUAUGACUUGGCCGCCGGAGAUAUUUACAAGAAUGGAGUGUUCGAUGAUUUUUCCGUGUGCAGUCAGUGGCCCAAUCCCUGUGGACCCGCCGACGGCCAGUUUCUCGAUGGGGCCUUCAGCGAUAAUCCUUCUGUUGCCAUCAAUGUGGCCCAGUAUCAUCAAACGGGUGGGGAUCUCAGCAAGACCAUGAAACUGGUGCUAACCAACACCAAUCAAGAUCUUGUGCCCGGGUCGUAUGAUACAGAUCAGAUCCUGCAAUACUUUGAUUGCUCCUUUAAUCAUGAUGUUUCACCGGGUGACUAUGUGUGGCUACCUGGGUUUGUGGUCCCAUACCGAUCACCACAGAUUUUUGAAGAAACGUUGACCGUUGGCGAUUUCAUUAUUGCUGUACAACCCAUGGAGGAUUCCAACAUGUCCACAGCCAUUUUGUACGGAACAACCAUUGACAAUGCAGCUUUUGGAGUCCAGGCUGGGCAAUCUGUGGAAAUCUUGGUGAUCAAUACAAACACCCCCAUCACUACAUUUAUUGCUGGCGCCACGAUUAUCGAAAUGCAGAUGGAACCACUGGCGGCCAUGGUCCAGGACAUUGCGUCCAGUCAAGAAUUGGUGGCCCGCGUCAAAGAUUUCCUUGGGAUCUUGGAGGAAAACGAGAAUGGAGAGGAAAUAUCAAGGUCAAAAGCGGGGGAAGCGGAAAACGUAGACAAACCUGAUUCAGGGGAAGAACCAAAUGUUGGAAUGACACUUCGAUCCACUUCUGAUGCAGGAACUUCUCGGGCUCUCUGUCCCUUGUGGGCAGUUGGGUUGCUUUGCAGUGGCUACCUGCUGUUGGUCUAGCUAGGUUGCUAGUUUGCAUGUGUCUUGUCUGUACGUAAUGUCUCUCUCUCUCUUUGUGUCUUUGUUUGCGAUGGAAAAGAAGAUGGCAACAAGUGGUCCAAUGCAACAAGAUUAAGCCAGUGGAGCUAAAACUCCCCAGCAGCAGGGUUCCUGGAGAAGAAGGUACCCCAGUUAGGAUAAUUUGUGCAGAUACCCCUAGUAUAAUCUAUGUAAGAACCGCCAGGUGUAGAAGCUGAUAUCAAAAUGAAGACAAAGAAGGAUCAUCUGCUGGUAUACUGCUGUGGCUGACUUGAGGGUUUCUGUGCAGCAGCAGAACCCCUAGGAAAAAUAUGUAGCUUUUGCUGGC